ACGAGGGAAGGAGGGAGAGGUCCUCAGGGAAAAGCAAGGGGCAGAGAGGCUCCGGGGAGCCAAGGGGCCGCCAGCAUCCGAUGCCAAGUGUCACCGAGAGGUGCUGAGCAGGUACAGCUGAGUGGAGCAGCUCUCGUGGUCUCCUCCCGGCUCUCAAGAUGAUGAAGAGGCAGUUCCAUCGGAUGCGGCAGCAGCUGUCCCAUCCCAACAUCACCAGCCGAGCCCAAGAAGCAACUGAGCUCCUGCCAGAAGAUUUACUGCAGAUUGAGCAGAGGAUCGAGCCGGCCAAGCGAGCAGCUCACAGCGUGUCCAAGAGGCUCCAAGCCUGCCUGCAGGGACAAUGUGGCUCCGAGAUGGACAAACGAGUGAAGAAGCUGCCCUUGAUGGCUCUGUCCACAACGAUGGCUGAGAGCUUCAAGGAACUGGACACAGAGUCCAGCCUCGGGAAAGCCCUGGAGAUGGGCUGCUGCAUACAGAGCUCGCUGGCCAAAAUCCUGGCCGAGUUUGAGAUCGCCCUGGAGCACAACGUUCUGCAGCCACUCAACAAGCUCAGCGAGGAGGAACUUCCCAUCAUCCUGAAGCGCAAGAAGACCCUCCAGAAGUUGAUUUCUGACUGGAAUACAAUCAAGAGUCGGCUGAACCAAGCUGCCAAGAGCUCCAGUAACAGUGCUGGUGCUGGUGCUGGCCCGGGGGCAUCUUCUGCUGCCAACAAACUGGAGAUCUUGAAGGAAGAGGAGGAAGACGUGAAGAGGAAGGUGGAGCAGUGCAAGGACGAGUACAUGGCUGACCUCUACCACUUCUCUACCAAAGAGGACAGCUACGCCAGCUACUUCAUCAGACUGCUGGAAAUCCAAGCCCAGUACCACCGGCAGUCCCUGGGAUCGCUGGACUCGGCUCUGGCGGAGCUGAAGGAAAGCCGCAGUCAGACAGAGCCCUCCUUCUCUGCAAGCACCCCGGUGCUGGGGUACUAUGGUGUGCCCCUAGAGACGCACCUCAGGAGCUUGGGCCGGGAGAUUGCGCUGCCCAUUGAAGCCUGCGUCAUGAUGCUGCUGGCCUCCGGCAUGAGAGAGGAGGGACUCUUCCGGCUGGCAGCAGGCGCCUCGGUGCUGAGGAAGCUGAAGAGCAGCUUGGCCAGCAGCUCCAACUCCCUGGAGCAGUUUUACUCGGACCCCCACGCCGUGGCCGGUGCACUGAAAUCCUACCUGCGGGAGCUGCCCCAGCCUUUGAUGACCUUUGAGCUCUACAACGAAUGGGUCAAAGUGGCCAGCUUAAAGGACACGGACAGCCGCAUACAGAGCCUGCGAGACACCUGCAGCCGCCUGCCCCAGGAGAGCUACAACAAUCUGAGGUAUCUAAUCAAGUUUUUAGCCAAGCUGGCCGAACACCAGGAGGUAAAUAAAAUGACCCCCAGCAACAUCGCCAUCGUGCUGGGCCCCAACCUGCUGUGGUCACAGCAGAGCACAGGAGACCCCAUGCAACUGGACUUGGCCUCAGUCUGCUCCAUCCAGGUGGUGGGUGUGGUGGAAGCCCUCAUCCAGAAUGCAGACAGCAUCUUUCCCGGAGAGGUAGAUUUCAACAUCUCGGGCAUGUUCACGCCACCCAUGAACAGCGAAGGUGGCGAGGCUGCCCCAGUGGAAGAGCUGACCCCCGAGACCCCUCCGGCCAGCAGCCCCACUCUCUUGGAAGGAGAGGCCAGCUCAAGGGAGCCCGAGGCCAGGCCCCCGCCGGCAUCCCCAACGGUGACCACACCAUCCCCCGAAGCUGCGGGGCCACCGGCUCCAACGACGACUGACGACACCACCCGAAAAGGCAAGCGCCCAGCCCUCGCCCGCCCCACGAUGCCGCCGCCGCCCGUGGCCCAGCCCCGGGGCACGGCCCCCGAGCACCCCGUCAGCCCCAAAGCCCGGCCACGCCGGAUGGCCGGGGCGCCCAGCCGAGCCCCCUCCGUCCCACCGCCGCUCCCCCCGCAGCCGGCACACCGCCACAGCCGAGACGCCCCCACGUCCCCCAGGCCUCCCGGCAGCGAGGCCGAAGCGGCGGCUGCCCCGGGCUGCGCCCCGGGAGCCGCGGGCGGGGGGCAGCCGCUGCCCGAAGGAGGAAGGAGCCCCCUGGCCACAUCGCCGCCGGCGGGACGGCCCGCGGAGAGCUGAGCAGGGCGGGGGGCACCGCAGGGCUGGAGAGAUGGGGUGCAGGGCCCCGCCGGGAUCCACCUGCGGAAACGCCGGGGUGGCCCAAGAGGCGGCACGUCCCCCCCCGUCCCCCAGCACCUCCACCUUGCUCCCUCCACGCGGGAACCCCCUGCCCGCCACCCCCCCCUUGCUCCACGGAGCCUUCCUCCCCGCGCCCCCGUGGCCCUGACGGGGCCCGGCCACCCCUAAGGGACCCGGCUCCCUGCCCAGGAUCACGGGCGAGCCACCCACCCAGGUCCCGGUGGGAGCCCUCCCGCGCCCGGUGGGCUGGAAGGGCGGGGGGGGGGGGGAGGCAGGGCAGCCCCCAAGCACCCCCUGCCAUUUUGGGGUGGCGGUGGGCAGGCUGGCGCCGUGGGGGGGCCGCUUGCGGGCACGCAGUCACGAUCCCAGCCCUUUCCGUCGCAUUUUGCCUCAAAACGUGUUGCCCCAGGGGCACACUGGCAGAUACGUAUAAGUAGAAAUAUAUAUAUAUAUUUUGCAACUAC